AGCUUUCUGCCUUCUAUUCAGUUAAACUACCAAACUGUUCAAUAAAUAAGAUCCUAAAUAGUUGCACACUUAUUCUGGAACAAGUCCAUAGACUGUGAUGUGGCACGGCAGCACCCAACCCAAAAAUAUACUCUAUAAGAAUAAAACAUCUUAACCAAAAUCUUCCUCAUCCUUAAGCCACCGCUAAUACUGUCAUCAGCCCUCAAUACAAUUAUAACUCUAAAUUUGAGUUGCAUAUUGCACUGCUAAUUAUUGAUGAAUUGGAGUUUAUCAAAAGAUUUGGAUUGGAUGUUUCUGGAACAUGACGGAAUAUGAGAAAGCUCAAAGAGUUCUUCAGCGGCUUCGAGGAGGAUAUAAAAGGGAUAUGGUAGAAAAGGAAGUCGACAAGAGAGGAGAAGGUGACUCAGACUCUGCUCUUCCAGUUGUCCAUAGCAGUGAAACGGUACCCGACCCGAAUAUGUUUCGCCCGCUUCGCUUUGAUGGGGCUGUCAUUGAUGGGAACUCCAAAGGCAAAGGUACUCAAAAUCAGGGCUCAGCAAAAUCACAUUUGUACGAGAUUUGUGCAGUAAAUCAUUGGAAAGCGCCAUUAUUUGGAUGUUGCAACGAGGAAGGUCCAGACCACCUGAAGUUGUUCACCUUCAAAGUAAAUGUGGAAAUAAGAGGACCACGUACAACAACUAUAGAGUGUAUGGGCAAUCCACAUUCAAAGAAGAAAGCAGCAGCAGAAAAUGCAGCUGAAGGAGCAUUGUGGUUUCUAAAUAAAGCUGGAUAUAGAUUGAAGAAGUACUAAUUUAUUUUAAGCAGAUCACUUACUUUAUUGUAAGCUUGUCCAUUGCAAAAUUUAUUUCAUUGAUGCAAUUGCUCAAAUCAAGAAACAAUAUUAAGUUAUGUAACUUAAGUGCAUUUGAUGUAUGAAGAUAGUAUCAUAAUUUAGUUGCCAAUUAUAUUAUGCGCUUAAACUAUUUGAUCCA